CGAGUCAUCACUCCACUGCCAACACAACACGAGCAAUCAUCAUCACAUCCACGAAUCACAAGCCUUUCUUCCUCGGUCCUCACGUCAUCGACCUCCUCGAGCCAUGGCGCCUCGGAGCCGCCUCCUCGACCUGGAGACGCAGGACGUGCUCUUCUUCUACGGCGACCUCGUCGGCGUGGCCACCCACGCGAUCGUCUUCUGGCCCGUCCUCCUCGCCGCCGCCCUUAUCCUCCGCCUCAUCGCGCCGUUAUUACCGCACGCCGCCGCCGCCUGCGCGGGGCUCUACGUCGCCUACCGCUUCCUCCUCCACUGCGCCGCGCGGUCGCUGUCUUCCUCUGCCGGGUCGCCGGCGGCGCCGUCUCACACCAGGCCAGUAGUCUGCGCAUGAUGGCAGGCUACAAGAUCGGUCAGAAUCUUUCGUUAAUGGAGAAAAGGAAGAAGGGUGUUGCAGCAGGUUAUUUGCUGGAUGCUUGUCAUUGUUUUAUUGCAUCAUAUGUAUAGCUGAAUAGCUUAAACACCUUUUGAAUCACAGAAAACUAGCUAGAAAAGGGUUCAUCUUCGCCUGAGGAACGUGCGAUGUUUGGAUAUGUAAUAAUAUAUUUCGAAAUAUGGUACAUGUAAUAUCUCGUAACGUUUUACCGGAAAAACUAUUUUUUAUUGAAAAGAAACUCGAUAUGUGUAACUCUAAAGACUAUCUUGACGAGGAGUUUUUUUAGGUUCGAUCCCUAA